AACCCCUAAAAAAAUCGAUCUCUGUCGGAGAUGGCGGAUGUUCUAAGGCAGCUGUUGGAUAGUGGAAAGUUACCAGAUGAGGAGUGCCACUUGAUUCUGCGUGGAUUGGGUAAACAAAUCGACGAAUUGAAUUUAUCCAAAAAGAAACAGGACGAAGAAGAAGAAGAAGAAGAAGUAGUAGUAGUAGAAGAAGAAGAAGAAGAUGAUGAAGACUGUGGAGUGCAUUUCAUCAAACACGAAGAAGGCUUUGACGUGUAUUUCUCCAAAAAGAAAGAAGAAGAAGAAGAAAAAGUCGACGGAUGGACAUCUGAGGAAGAGGAAGAACCGGACGAAGAAUACUGUCGCCAAGUCGACGAAUCUAUGGGUUUCGAUAUUGAUGGCAAUGUUCGUAUCCCAGCAUAUGGACUCUCACCAGUCUUUCUUGGUGAUGAUCGUAAACCAGGUAGCGAAGUCUCUCUUUAUGGCCGUUUGGGUGUUCACUGCUUUAACUUUGAACAGGGGAGGAAGUUGCAGUAUGUGCGCAUUCCCAAAUAUAAUAUCCAACUUCCUUACGCUAUGUCUUACCAUAUAACCGUCGAGGUGAAGGAUCUUGCUGAUGAUGAUGAUUCACCUGAUCACACUUUUCAGACCUUGGCCACCAGAUUUUUCUCUAAGUACGGAGAAGACUUGAGAGUCUCUACUGUAUUUUGCAGAAUCAAACCCGACACACCUGUAGCGGAAGAACAUAUCUCUUUGCUGGAUAACCAUGCAGUUGAUAAGUUUUACAAAGGUUGUAUGCCCAACUUUGUCUCUGAAGCAGGAGCUGAUGAUGAUGAUGAUAAGCUGAGGUUCUACGAGGUUCAGGAGCAUUGGAUGUAUGAUUGGCUACUUCUAUAUACUGAAUUUGCGCUUUUCUGUUUUUGGAGAGAUAAUGAGGACGGAGGAUUUGAGUCUUGUUUGCCUGUGGAGAUCAAGAAGAUUGUUGUGGAAACUUGUGAAACUCAUACAGAGCCACGUCUUAAGCUCAAGUCGAGUAAUGCCAUCUUUCACAUAAACUUCAGCGCCAAGAGUCGCCUCUACAAAUCCGUUGUAAGGAGAACCAUGGAUGGGAUUUCCGGGCAUAUGGUUCUCGAAAUUAAUAGGUGGGUGAACGAUCAGCCAAGCUCUACUUGAACCGCUUAAUUUACUACCAGCGAAAAUAUAUCUGUUAACUUAGUUAUGCUUAUGCCAUUAGAAAUGGAUGUACUUUGUUUUUCACCUCAGCUAAUCUUAUGAAGGUGUGUGUCUGUACACUCGUUGACAUUAUAUUAUGUAUUUAAUUGUCUUUAAGUUUAUUGUUUUAGGAGCACUUCUUGAUGACCAAAUUUGUUA